AUGCAGGGGCUGCAGCAUUUGGAUCACAACACUGUCUCAGCGUUAAAUUGGAUAAAAGAGACCAGUGACCAACAGUCUUUGUCGCCAACAACUAAAACUACCCAAAAGCACUACUGUGAUUAUGAACAUCAAACUUUGUCCAAAAGAGAACAAGCUGAAGAGGAAUCCUUAUUUGCUGCUAUACAGUGGCCAAAUCCCCCUGUAGGCAAAAUCCCAUUUGUAAGAAGCACUGAUCCUGCCCACAGCAAUUUUGUGAUCGUGAAUUCCAAUGUGCGCUUCAAGGUGGGAGAUCAGUUAGAGGUGCGUGUCCACAUGAAGGAUUUUCAAGGCAAACCAAAACAGUAUGGUGGAGACUACAUACAGGCGAGAAUUCACUCUCCUCUACUGAAAGCUGGAGCAACGGGAAGGGUUGUAGAUGAUCAGAACGGGUUUUACAAAGUCUUUUUCACUCUACUUUGGCCAGGGGAGGUCAGAGUAUCUAUGUCUCUGGUCCACCCUAGUGAAGGGAUACAAGUCCUGCAACGCUUACGGGAAGAAAGGCCAGACAGAGUCUACUUUAAAAGCUUAUUCAGGUCUGGUAGUACUUCAGAAACCACUGUAUGCAAUGUGUGUUUGCCUGGAGAUCUUCCUGUCUGUAACUUCACAGACCUCUACACUGGUGAGCCAUGGUUCUGCUACAAGCCGAGAAAACUGUCCUGUGCCAGCAGAAUCAACCAUGCCAAGGGAGGAUAUCAAAAGGACCUUCUGACACCUUCUGAGAGUCUCUUUUUCCAAACUGAUGUGAAUAUCAAAGUGCCAAUACUUCCCAGUGGCCCCGAUUCAGUGACUGUAGAACUCUUAGGAUUUACAGAAUCAGCCAAUCUGGACAGAUCUCAGGGCCCAGCUGUUUUCCCUUUGGGUUACUAUUACCAAGACAAGUGGAGGCCAAGAACACGUUGGAUCCGACAUUUUAACAAGACAGCUGAUAUUAGUGAAUGCUUACAAGGAAAAGUAGUCCACUUCUUUGGCGAUUCUACAAUAAGACAGUGGUUUGAAUAUCUGACCACAUUUGUUCCAGAUCUAGUGGAAUUUAACCUUGGGAGUCCUAAAAACGUAGGUCCUUUUAUGUCCGUGGACCUGAAGCACAAUGUCUUGCUGAAGUUCCGCUGUCAUGGGCCACCCAUUCGCUUUACCACUGUCUUCAGUAGCGAGCUACACUACAUUGCCAAUGAGCUAAAUGGCAUUGUAGGCGGAAGAAACACUGUGAUAGCCAUAACCAUAUGGUCCCACUUCAGCACCUUCCCUGUGGAGGUGUACAUCCGAAGACUGAGGAACAUUCGCAGGUCCAUCAUUCUACUGCUGGAUCGCAGCCCCAAAACUCUGGUGGUCAUCAGAACAGCCAAUGUUCAGGAGCUUGGGCCAGAAGUGAGUCUCUUCAACAGUGACUGGUAUUCCCUUCAGCUUGACACAAUCAUGAGGAAGAUGUUCUCAGGAAUUGCUGUGUUCUUUGUGGACGCCUGGGAGAUGUCUCUGGCCCAUUACUUGCCACACAACUUGCAUCCACAGGAUGUCAUUAUUAAGAAUCAGAUAGAUGCAUUCCUGUCUUUCGUUUGUCCUUCAGAAACUUAGCACAAUCGGUGGAGAGGAGCCCCAUGACAUAUAUAUCGUGUUUUCCUGUAGCAUAACCAAAUCAUUCUCUGUCAGAGCUAUAAAAUGAAGCUACAGGCAAACUGUAUGGUUACUGUUCCCACAUGUGAUCUCAGUUGCUUGGCCAUGAAGACAGAUGACUGUGAGUGGCAGUAAGUUGGAAUGGACUAAUUCUGACCACUUUUAUAUCUUCCUGUAGGGAUGGUUCCUCUUGACCUUGUAAUUUGUCUCAGAUUACUAGGGUGCUCCUUAAAUCAAAACUACAAGACUCACUAUUAGCUUUAUUAAUUGUCUGCACUGCAUGAAUAUUCAUACAGCACUGAUUCAGUUCCCAAAGUCCUUUCUCACCAUCCAGAGUACUGUGUGAAACCUGGGAAGGAUUGUUUGGGAACAGCCUUUCUUUGGUUGUUCCAAAGUUGUAUUGGGUAUCUAGAACAACCAAAUAUGUUUCAUAUUGUGCUUCUUUGAUUGAAGUAAUCUGGGGAUACCUCUUCCAAAGUCCUAAUCAGGAAUCUAAAGGGGAUGUCCUAAAACCACUGGAUCAGUCCAGGAAGCACAACCUAAAAAGCCUGCAGAAUUAUCAGAAUAUUUAUUGGAUGUGUCGGCAUUGAUACAGCAUAUUAAUCAACCAUCCACAAUGUUUACAGAAUGGCUUCUAAAUAAUACAAAUAGCCAGCACCAGUAGUAGGUAGUUUCUUCAGCAGCAGCAGCAACAUUGCAAUAACUCACUGGAAGUUUGAUAUUAAAAUGUUUGUUUUCCCCUCUUGUCAUGUGCUCACUCUGUUUUACUAUUUCAUAGCUUCU